UGCCGAGCCGUCGAGUCGAGCGGAUCGAGAGCCGAGCCGAUAAAGUGCCGUGAGGGUUAGUCGCGUGUGCGUGCGCUCGGGUCCUGGUAUCGCCGGGGGCGUAUCUCUCUUGGGGAGCCGGAGCACACAGCGAGCGGAGCGACGUAGGAUGAGCGGGUUACUGAAGCUGUCGGCGUCGUUGCUACCGAGGGGCCUGCCUGGAGCGGCGACGCUGAACAAACUGGGACUGCCGCUCCUCCUCGGCAACCGCAAACUUCACCACACGCCGGAUCGAGCGGCCAAGAUCUCGGACGAGAUCUCGAAGCAGUACCCGUUGGUGGACCACACGUAUGACGCGGUGGUGGUGGGAGCCGGCGGCGCCGGUCUACGCGCGGCCUACGGCCUCGUGGCCGAGGGCUUCAAGACCGCGGUGGUCACCAAGCUGUUCCCGACGAGGUCGCACACAGUCGCCGCCCAGGGCGGCAUCAACGCCGCCCUGGGCAACAUGGAGGAGGACAAUUGGCAGUGGCACAUGUACGACACCGUCAAGGGCUCGGACUGGCUCGGCGACCAGGAUGCCAUUCACUACAUGACCCGCGAGGCACCGAAGGCCGUCAUCGAGCUGGAGAAUUGUGGCAUGCCCUUCAGCCGUACCACAGACGGCAAAAUCUAUCAACGCGCCUUCGGCGGUCAGUCUCUCAAGUUCGGUAAGGGCGGCCAGGCUCACCGAUGCUGCUGCGUGGCCGACAGGACCGGCCAUUCGUUGCUGCACACACUUUACGGCCAGUCGCUGAGCUACGACUGCAACUACUUUGUCGAGUACUUCGCCCUCGAUUUGCUGAUGGAGGACGGCGAGUGUCGCGGUGUGAUCGCGCUCUGCCUGGAGGACGGGACGCUCCAUCGCUUUCACGCGAAGAACACAGUGCUCGCUACCGGCGGCUACGGACGCGCCUACUUCUCCUGCACGUCCGCACACACCUGCACCGGAGAUGGCACCGCCAUGGUUUCGAGAGCGAAUUUGCCUAAUCAGGACCUGGAGUUCGUGCAAUUUCAUCCUACAGGUAUCUACGGCGCCGGAUGUUUGAUCACAGAAGGCAGUCGCGGCGAAGGUGGUUAUCUGAUAAACAGCGAGGGCGAGAGGUUCAUGGAGCGUUACGCGCCGGUAGCGAAGGAUCUGGCGUCGCGAGACGUGGUGUCUAGAUCCAUGACAAUGGAGAUUAGAGAGGGCAGAGGCGUUGGACCGGAGAAGGAUCAUAUUUACUUGCAGCUACACCAUCUGCCGCCUGAACAGCUGGCCGCUCGGCUGCCAGGGAUUUCGGAGACGGCGAUGAUAUUCGCUGGCGUCGACGUGACCCGGGAACCCAUCCCCGUCUUACCCACCGUCCAUUACAAUAUGGGAGGUGUACCGACGAAUUACAAAGGUCAAGUGUUGACUAAGGAGAACAAUCAAGACAAAGUAGUACCUGGCUUAUACGCGUGCGGCGAAGCUGCCUGCGCGUCCGUUCACGGAGCUAAUCGACUGGGUGCCAAUUCUCUAUUGGAUUUGGUCGUAUUCGGACGUGCCUGCGCUAAAACUAUCUCCCAAGAGAACAAGCCCGGCGAGACGAUCGGGCCUCUGAAACCUAACGCCGGCGAGGAGACGGUAGCUAAUUUAGACUGGGUGAGAAACGCCAACGGUUCCGUCUCCACCGCGGAAUUGAGGCUGACUAUGCAGAAAACCAUGCAGACGCACGCGGCGGUCUUCAGAGACGCCGAAAGCUUACAGGAAGGCUGUCGGAAGAUGACCGACCUCUACAAGAAAAUGGACGAUUUAAAGGUCGCGGACAAGUCUUUAAUAUGGAACUCCGAUUUGAUAGAGACGCUCGAGCUGCAAAAUCUGAUGGUCAACGCGAUGCAGACUAUCAUCGCGGCGGAGAACAGGAAGGAGAGCCGCGGCGCGCACGCACGCGAGGAUUACAAACAGAGACUCGACGAAUACGAUUACAGUAAAUCGAUCGAGAGCCAGCAAUCGAAACCGUUCGAUCAACAUUGGAGGAAGCACACGCUGUCGAAGAUCAAUCCGAGAACAGGAAAGGUGUCUCUGGACUACAGACCGGUGAUUGACGUUACGCUCAAUCAAAAGGAAUGCGCGACGGUUCCGCCGGCGAUUCGUUCCUACUAGACUAAUUCUCUACAAACGGACAAUAUUUAAAAAAUAUCCAUCGCCCUAGGAUUCUCAUCAAUCGUCACCGAGUUUCGGUCUCAGCGCGAUUCUCGAUUCGCAGCCUAACACUGAGCAUUACUUAGAUCGGGCGUAAAGGAAAUCGUCGCCGCGACGCGACGGUCCUUGGCGCUAGAACCAGUUGCGCAGCAAACCUGUUAAUUAAUUUAUUUCACACAUUAUACAUAUACACACGUACACGUACAUACGGACACACACAUACACACACGCACACGAACUUCAUCGUGCACCAAAGUUGAUUCUUGUCACUCGUUUGCGCCGUAAGUCGCGCAAGCAGAAUUAAGCAGGUCCUCGUAGGAUGCCGGUGCUGAGAUUAUUGUCCUCUCGUCUACGUGAGGGAGUACGCACGAUCUCGCUCAGCGGAAUCGGUACUCAAGUUCAAUAAGUAAUAGUCAAAACUAGAACAAUUCGCGCAGUAACAGAAGGGGGGAGGGAGGGUCCGUAUCGUAGAAUACGGGUCUUUUCAGGAAAUACGUUUUCUCUCCUGUAAUAUAGUACAACGUAUCCGAUUACGACGCGUUCUCAAUGCGCUCAAGCCAACAGUAUAACAACGUAUUCUCGCGUGCAGUGGUAUAAUGUGUACUCGGUGAUAACAGAACAUCGAUUGAAUUUUGCAUAGAUUACGAAAAUUCACGUACAAUAAGACUUUUGCAAACUUUUGAUGAGGGCUUACCAAGAACUCCGCUGGCAGGAGUACGUUUCUUGAAUUAAUAAUCAAUUCAUUUCCUACUUUCUGAAUAUUCAUUGUAAAAUCGUAUUAAAUCUUCGUAAUUUUUUAUGAAUAAAACGUUGAAAUCUGUCAAGUUUGCUACACGCGAUGGUACUUUGAGGCUGUACCGCUGUACUUCAAUACGAUUGUUAUUCUCGAUAUCGAUUUGACGUUUUAUUGCAGCUAUUUACACAUGUUUUUGCCAUUGUGGACAUAUACAAGAAUUGCAUCAAGGAUUUAUUUUUAAAUGCCUUUCGAUGCAUACUGUUGCAGAGAAUCAAUCGACAGUGAAAAUGAAUUAAUAUUUGUGACAAUAUUGAUGAUAAUUGGCAUAUUAUUGCUCCGUAUAAACUCUGUUUUUGAUUGAAAAGUGAUUGAAUAAUUGAAAUGUCUGUAGAAAUUAUUUACGCGCGAAUAUGAUUAUAAGCGCAUAAUAUUUAAAAAGAUUAUUUGACAGUAUGCUUCUUUCUCGUAUUUUUCGUUGCGGCUGUAUACUUAAAUAUUUUACAAGACAACAUAGAAGUGGUAUUGAUGUUAAUUGUUUUUAUAAACUAUGUUGUAGAACUAUAAAA